CGCUUUCCUUCCUUCCUUCUCUUCUAUAAAGCCACAACCCCAUUCCUUCGUCUCCCCUGCACACAAAGCCUAUCUUUCCCUCCAUCUCUCUCUUUUUCUAUCUCCUUCUCUAAUCUCUGCUCUCUACCACACAUAAAGCCCCUUGUGACGUUCUCCCUCUCUUUCCUUCCACCUGUUUCUUCUUCUUCUUCUUUCCCCCCUUGUUAUUUAUUCAUUUGUUUCAGAGGAAAGAAAAUGGCUAUCCCUUGUCCUCCUCUUCUUGGAUCAGAGCUGCCCAUGGAGGGAGGCCCUUUGUCUCCUCUCUCCUCACCACCCCAAGUAGUCCUCACCCAAGACGAGCUCAAAAAGAUUGCAGCUUACAAAGCCGUCGAGUUUGUCCAGUCUGGCAUGGUUAUUGGCCUCGGCACUGGCUCCACCGCCAAGCACGCCGUUGACCGUAUUGCUGAUCUCUUACGCCAAGGCAAAUUGAACAACAUUAUUGGCAUACCCACUUCCAAAAAGACCCACCAACAAGCUUUAUCUCUUGGCAUUCCUUUGUCUGAUCUUGAUUCCCACCCCAUCGUCGAUUUAGCUAUCGACGGUGCCGAUGAAGUGGACGGCGAUCUCAAUUUGGUCAAGGGUCGAGGUGGGUCUUUACUCAGAGAGAAAAUGAUUGAAAGUGCAUGCAAGAAGUUUGUAGUUAUUGUAGACGAGUCCAAAUUGAUACCUCAUAUAGGAGCAAGUGGAGCAAUGCCGGUUGAAAUUGUGCCUUUCUGUUGGAAAUUCACGCAAGAAAGGCUUCAACAGCUGUUUGAUUACGCAGGUUGCAUGGCCAAGUUGAGGACUAAUGGCGACGAAAAUGGUGAGCCAUUUGUUACUGAUAAUGGGAACUACAUUAUAGACUUGUAUUUUAAAAAGGAUAUUGGUGAUUUAAAGGCUUCUAGCGAUGCUAUUCUGAGGCUAGCUGGGGUUGUGGAACAUGGAAUGUUUCUUGGUAUGGCAACUACUGUUAUUGUUGCAGGUGAGCUUGGAGUCACCAUCAAGAACAAGUAGAUUGAGAUGGGUAUUUAACAAUACACUAAAAAAAAGCAUUGAUUACUAAUCAAAUUGGGAGACUUUUGACUGGUUAUUGUAACAGUAUUGACAUCUAUUAUGAGGAGAUAUUUUCCAUAGUUUUUGGUCAGAAAAUUUUAGCAAGAACAUCAGGAGCUUUUAGAAUUCUGUUGGUGGCUGAAUAGUCAGCUUAAGGCGAGUCAGCCGCCAUGUAUCCUCUUCUUUUCAAUAUAAAAUUUAGCUUCUGUUUAA